CAAGGUCGUUAAAACAAAAGGGCGGGAAGAUUCGAACGGCCCUAACGUGCCAUCGUACCUGGUUACAGUCUAUUAUUCUAUAUUGCAAAUCCCAUUCUCAGUAAUAAUCUCAUUCUUCAACUGCUUGAACAAUUCUGGCUUAUCCAUUUGGGGGCUCAGUUCCCGGUUCAAUGCAGCAUGACUCUACAGACUACAUUAAAGCAUUUAAAUAAACUUCAUCGAUAGAUCAGACAAGAUGUUACGUAUUUUCUCGCGAUUUGGAUCUGAUAAAUGUACUCGCUUUCUCUACACGUCUUGUUAUGUUAAUACACCUAAAAUUCAACCAAGCAAAUCCUCACAGUUACUGAAGUCAUAUUUUGAACUUGGACGAUUCGCUAGACCAACAGGCACGUGGCUGUUAUACCUUCCUUGCACGUGGAGCAUUGCUCUAGCUGCACCACCGGGUCACUUACCCGACAUUUAUAUGCUAACCCUAUUUGGCGUUGGCUCCAUUUUGAUGCGAAGUGCCGGUUGUACAAUAAAUGAUAUGUGGGAUAAAAAAUACGACAUGCUUGUCAAGCGCACAAAGGAUCGUCCACUAGCUUCGGGUUCACUAACCUUUCCCCAGGCUUUAUUGUUUCUUGGUGCUCAGCUAGCGACUUCGCUUGUAAUAUUAUUGCAAUUGAACUGGUACAGUGUAUUUCUUGGUAUCCUGUCAUUGGUUCCUGUCAUCACGUAUCCUCUGUUUAAACGUAUUACUUACUGGCCGCAGCUUGUACUUGGCUUAACAUUGAACUGGGGUGUUUGGCUUGGGUAUUCUGCUAUAAAUGGUUUUUGCCUUUUCUCCGUGUGCACUCCUUUGUAUUUAGCUGCAGUGUGUUGGACAUGCACGUACGAUACCAUAUAUUCUCAUCAAGAUAUCGAUGAUGACAUACGUAUAGGCGUAAAAUCAACUGCAAUUUUGUUUGGAGAAAAAACGAAAUUAUAUUUGGGCGCUUUUCACAUGGGAAUGACAGCGUGUCUCCUCACUGUUGGAAUUAACGCAAAUGCUGGUUGUCUAUAUUACCUUGGGACCUUCCUUACAAUGUUUCAUAUUGCUCAUUUAAUAAGGAAGACGGACCUAAAGAAUCCCAAUUCUUGUUGGCAGACCUUUAAAGAUAGUAAAAAAACUGGUCUUUUGUAUUUUCUUACCAUUGUACUGGACAAAAUAUCACUAUAAUUUUAUUGUUCUUCUAAAUAAUAAAAUUAACCUUUUGUAAAUAUUUCAGGGUUUUCAGCUGGCUGUUAUACAUUAGUUUCAAUUCUCAAUAAAAUCUAUUACUUUUAAAAUUACUUAUAUAAUUAAACUAAUUAUCUGACAUAGACGUAUGAUAUUUAUGAUAAUUGUGUCUACUUUCUCUACAAAGAAUUCUUUUAAACGGGAAUAAGUUUUAACAGAGUGUUUAUUGUAAAUUUUGAUACACCGUCAACUGGCAAAUGUAUUGUUACAAAUAGUUUAAAAUAUAACUGUCAAGCUCUCCAAACGAGAAAUCAUACCGUUCUAAUCCAAGCAAAAAGCUACUCAAUACAAAUUAUUCCAAUCGAUUUCACUUAUUCUAUGUUAGUCAGUUAUGAAAUAGAAUGAACAAUUAUAAAUGCAGUCUUUUUAAGUUAAUCAUAAUUCUUGGUUAUACAAACAAAAUAAUUAAGAAAUAAACGUUUUAUGCUAAACAGAUGUUUUGUGUGACACGAAACAAAGUUUCGAGCUUAACCACCAGCAAGAUUACAUGAACAACAAACUAAACAUGAUUCAUCCUUCUGUCUUAUCUUCCAAAC